AUGGAGAAAUUGAGUUCUAAAUCCUCAAGCAUUUACGAAAAUUUGAUAGGAAUAAAUUCUAUGGUGGCAGAAUUGAUCCCUUCGUAUGUAGGUUUUCAGAACGAUAUUUACAUGAUGGGGAUUUGUGGUAUGGGGGGUCUGGGAAAAACAACUCUUGCUAGUGCUAUAUAUUACGAGUAUUCAAAUUAUUUUGAAGGUUCUAGUUAUAUUGCCAAUGUUAGGGAAAAAUCAGAAAAAGGUAAACUGCAUAAAUUACAACAACAAUUGCUUGAUAAAAUUUUGGGGGGAAGUAAGAAAAAGAUCAACAAUGUUCAAGAAGGAGUUGAAGAAAUCAAUAGUAGUAGGCUACGUCAUAAAAGAGUUCUACUUGUCCUAGAUGAUGUUAAUCACAAGGACCAAUUAGAAAAUUUGGCUGGAAAGCGUGACUGGUUUGGAUUGGGGAGUUGGAUCAUCAUAACAACUAGAGAUGAACACGUGUUGGUCCAACAUGGAGUGCUUAAAAUAUAUAAGCCUAAUGGAUUAGAUGAUGAUGAUGCCUCAACACUUUUUUGUUCGAAAGCCUUCAAAAAAGAGCAACCUGAAGAAGGCUAUAUGCAGCUCUCCCAGAAAGUUGUAGAAUAUGCUACUGGCCUUCCAUUAGCUCUUGUUACUUUGGGUUCCUUUUUGGUUGGAAGAACAGUAAAAGAGUGGCAAAGUGCAUUGGAUAGUUCUAAAAAUAUUAAAGGAAACAUACAUGAUACACUUAAAAUAAGUUACGAUGGACUAGAGGAAAUGUGGAAGAAGAUAUUCUUAGAUAUUGCAUGUUUCUUUGGAGGGUAG